AUGUCGUCCAUAGGUCCUGAACCAAGAAUUUCCGGAUCUAAGUUCUCUAAAUUUAUUAUUCCAUCGGAAACGUACAAUAUCGACGAUUUCUUCAAGAGUUCAUCGGCUUCUAAGUGGUCGCUUGGGAACUAUAUCAAUAGAAUUAUCGAAGGUCCAGACAUUGAUCUUACCUUCGAUCAACUACUCACCAACUUCAUAGAAAGCCUCAAGAAUAUAAACAAGAUACUUUCCCUUCCGUUAUCGAUACGGUCGUUUAGUGCCGAUUAUGUAAAAUGGUUAAAGUCAUUGUCUGGUAAAGCCAUUAUACAAUCGUGUCGAGAAUUUUUCGAUGCUAAAAUGAAUCUUGAAAAAAAGAAAGCCAUUAAUUCUGUGGUUAAGGAAUCAGUUAAUGUCACCGCACAGACAAAAAGCUUCCAGGCCUCUUUACAACCUUCUGUUCUAUCAGGAGCGGAAGCACUGAAAUCAAUGCCACCCGAAAUACUAGAAGAUACCUGCUAUGUCAUAAGUGAUAACGAUGAUAACGAUGAUACAAAUGAUGAUCAUAUUUCUUAUAAUGAAUCAGCUUAUAUGAAAGAUCCCGAGUAUUUUGAUAAUCUUGUUAAUAAUGUAGAUUUAUCCUACAUUGGAAGAGAAGAAGAACCAAUAUCAGCAUCCUUAACAUCUGCAAUUCCAAUAGUCACUAGCUGGGACUCCUUUAUAAUAGGUGAUAUCGACAUUUUGAAAGUUUUUGGCUGUUUACGUAAUUCGUUACCCAAAAAAAGUCCUGAAGUUCACCCACAAUAUUGGGGUGUUCUUGACUUAACGGGACAACACAAGCCAUCAAAAAAAAGAUUCAUAAAAAAAUGGGAUGAUCUCGUAAAUAAUUUUAAAUCUGACAUUGCGUGGAAUAUGGUAGAACUUGAACAGUUCGAAACAAACUUUUUUGACAAUAUCGAGGAUUCAGAAGCACAAAAAAGGGUACCAAUAUUACAUGCGCAUUUAAUAAUAUUAAAAUUUUAUCUAGAGCACCUUAAACUCCCGAUAAAUGAGGGGGAGCUUAUGAUCCACUUCGUUGCCCCCGCUUUUAGAAUGAGUAUUGAUCAAAAUCAGGAGAAGUUUCGAAAACUUUGGUGUGAGCAACAACUAGUAGCAAGUCAAGAAAGACGUAGAGUUGACCAAGAUCCUAAUAAUGAUCGUGCCCGUAUUGGUCAGAAAACCGAUUUAAUCAUUACUUUGCCAUCAGGACCAGUCUUAGAAGGUUUUAUAUGCGAAGUUUCAGGCGGACUUCCAGCAGGAUGUCCUAAGAAAAUUUGGACCGAUAAAUUAAAAAUAAUGGUUGGAAUGCGAUUACAGAUUAACCUUUAUGCGAUGGAUGUUCGGGCAUAUGGAAUAUAUCGGUUUGGAAUAAUAGAUAAAGUGUUUUUGUUUGCAUCGACGCAAGAGUUAUCAGCAUAUGAAUCAGUUCGUGUGAUGUUGCGUUCCUUAGAG